AUGUCGAUGACUCCCACUAACGACUUAGUUUACGAGUCAACAACAAAACAAAGCGAUUUAUCCUUCCCUCCACCCAAUUGUGUAUUUAUUGAAUCUUCUUUUGCCAAUGAAAUACAGCGAAAAGCUAUUUAUAGACUUAUCCGAAUACUUGAAAGAAAUGGACAAAAACCUUCAGCAUUAAUUAUUAAUGGAGAUUUAACUAAUUUUGGACAUUCCUUUCAAUUAGAACUUUUUAAAAUAGAAUGGUUACAAACAAUCCCGAUUCCUUUAUUAAUUGGAUUAGGAAAUCAUGAUUAUGAAAAUAAUGUUGAUGAUUGUAUAGGGAAUAAUUGUGCUGACAGAAUGCUUCGUUGGUUUAGUGAGGAAUAUGUUCCUACAAUGAAUAAUUUUUUUGGGGAAUUUGAUUUGGAGAAAAAGUCUGAGCUUUGGAGAUCUGAAUAUGAGGGAAGUCUUGCUUACACAGCAAAGAUAUGUUCAAAAUUAGAUAAUGGGUCUAAUUCUGAUUUUUGUCUUUACUCCAUUCAAUUGCAUAACAGACCUGAUUAUGCAACAUUAAUUAAAUUUCCUUAUGGUCAUUGGCAAAUACGAGGCUCUUUUCAUUGGUUGGGUGUUGAAUUAGAUAAAAUAACUGAAUUAUUGAAAAAUAAUGGACAAACAGCUGGGGUUGUUCUUAUUAAUUUACAUAAUCAUAGCGAUAAAGUGGCUGAAAGAUUAAAAAGAACAUUGGAAAAUUGGUAG